AGACAGAAGUCUUUAAAGUCACACAGGGUAUGAACCAAUGUCCUGAUUGGUUCAACAAACAAAGUUGAAGAAUUUCAUUAUUUAUUGAUCAAAGUUAAAACUUUAAAGUUCUUUCUUUUGGUUCUGACCUUCCAAGUUCAAAUCUUUUCUUGAUCAAAAAAAAAAAGUUCAAAUCGUUUCUGGACUGAACUCCAAGUUUUGAAUUCAAAUUCAUCAAAACUACCCAGAAUUUCCUUUAGAAAAAUACAGUUGUGUGUAAAGUGGGUCUCUGAUGGAGCCGAAUUGGGGACUGAAGAAUUGCUGUAACCAUGAGCAAGAUGUGUUUCUCAUUACUGUUUCUGUCUGCACAGUUGUUAUACUUGCGCUAUGGAGGACAGUACUGCUGAGACCGUUUAAGCUUGUCACUGUGUUUCUUCAUGAGGCUAGCCAUGCUAUCGCUUGUAAACUAACAUGUGGUCAUGUGGAAGGGAUUCAAGUUCAUGCAGAUGAAGGUGGAACCACACAGACCCGUGGUGGUGUAUACUGGUUAAUUCUUCCAGCCGGAUAUCUAGGUUCAUCCUUUUGGGGGAUGCUCUUGAUUCUUGCAUCUACAAAUCUUCUUACUGCACGGAUAGCUGCUGGAUGUUUUCUAGCUGCUCUAUUUAUUACACUCUUUAUAGCGAAAAAUUGGACACUUAGAGGACUUUGUAUAGGAUUCAUUCUUUUCCUUGGUAUAAUUUGGGCUCUGCAAGAAACAACAAAAGUUCGUAUACUUCGGUAUAUUAUUCUGUUUAUAGGUGUAAUGAACAGCUUAUUUUCAGUUUAUGAUAUCUAUGAUGAUUUGAUAUCCCGUAGAGUUCAUUCUAGUGAUGCUGAGAAAUUUGCAGAAGAGUGUCCUUGCUGUACUGGUUGUGGAUGGGGUGUCAUAUGGGGCUUAAUAUCUUUCUUGUUUCUCUGUGGAGCCAUGUACCUUGGUCUUGUGAUUUUGGCUUGAGGAUACAAAAUGUGGGGGACACGAAUCAACUGCUGGAAUGCCUUGAGCAAUUUGUCUGUGGCUUCUUAUUUUUAUCAAGGAGAUUUUCUGAUCAUGCUUACUACUGUAAAAUCAUUCUUUUCAACAUUGUGGAGCUCACAUAUCUCAUUUGUCAGCCAAUUUUAUUUAUUGGACAUGCUAGUGUAUCCCAUAAUCUUCUGUGCCAGGUCCAAAAAAUUUGUUCUUAUCUUUCUUUUUCAAAUUUGAUCUUCAACAAUCAUAGUCUGCUAUAUAAGUAAAGACAUAAGUUAGCACUGCCUAGUGAUUUGGGCUCUGCUUUUGGAAAAUGAUAUUGGCUUCGAAGUUGAAACUUCUUUAUGAUCAUGUCUGUUAAACAUUAUCAUAGACAAGCAAAUGUAGCUCAAGUAUUGAUCUGUCUUUUUCGGCCUUCGGGCAAUUCCUGUGUAUAAAUCUAUUGAAAGAGAAUGAAGUUAGACGAAUCUCUCUAAAGUUAUUGGUUUCCAGCCAGUUCUAUAGUUGCUGCAAGAAAUCCUAAUUGAGCGUGGUAGCCAGUUUGGUGCUUGUGCCACUAAAUUAUGGUCAUUUUUCCUUUAAUCAAUUAGAUUGUUUUUUUGUUGUUGAGAAAAUGAAUUAAUUUGAUUUGUUUAUGAGUAAAAGAAAAAAUGAUUGGUCUAUUACCUUUGGUCGAAAGAGCAGGCGCUAAAACAACGAAGAGGUUGGUUCACACUACAGUAGUUAGUUAGUCUCGUUCUCCCUCACUGUUCCUCCAGAAAGUAAAGUGGUUUAGGGUUUCAGUUAUUUUAGGUCUCUUCAAUUGAAGAAAACAUAAAGCAGAAUACGAGAUCCACUGAGAUCAAGACUCAAGACUCAAGAGGGAAAAAGAAACAAACUUACCAUCCAACAGAAAUCCUCAGAAACCUCUACAGGCUUUCCAGAAUUCCAGUAUGCAGCUGACGGUAGAAUUCGGGUUAAAGUUGACUUUCUCAUUUAUCAUUUCCCAAAACUUUGUAAUGCUUCAUGGCUCUGAGCUUUACUGGUUUGGCUUCUUAAUUUCUAAGAUGAAUGAUAUUGCAAAAGUGAAGUUGGUUUCUACAAUAGAUAAUAAAUUGCUACUCCCACCUUUUUUUUUUUUCAUCACGUCAAACUCUUCUUUUUUCCUCAUUAUAUGUGUUUGCAUGACACUUAAGUGGUAAUCUUUUCAUGGAAGUUACCUCAUACUGUAGAAUUCUUUUCGUGGUUCAUUGACUUUAUAAAUUCAAGUUCAAUCAUAGUUAUAUGGUUUCCAGGAGAACUUGGCACCCUUGAUGACUCGAUGCUUUCUAGUUAGCAUUUA